AUCCUAAAAUCUCUAUAUCUUCAUUCCGUAAACACAUCACAAAUUAAUAAUCAACCUUGUAUUUUAGUAAUUCUAAUCUAUCACAAUUAAGUAAUUAAUAUCCAUAUAUAUACUUAAUUUGCAUGUAAAUUAAUUAAAUCCUUUCUUAUAUCUUGCAUAUAUAAUAUAAAUAUCUAGCUAUAUAUAAUAGUUGGUAAUUAAGGUGUAGAUCGAGAUGGAUAAGAGGAGAGAAUCAUGGGAAGAAGAAGGAAAAGAAGAUGAGAAUUUGUUUCCAGUUUUUUCUGAAAGAUCACAGCAAGAUAUGUCAGCUAUAGUAUCAGCACUUACACAAGUCAUGGGCGGCAACAAUAACAACAGUGAAAUGCAUGAAGCUUCUUCAAUUCAUAAUAUUACUCAACAAUCUCAACUACCACAACAAGAUCAAGGGAAUGUAAGAAGAAGACACUAUAGAGGUGUGAGGCAGAGACCAUGGGGAAAAUGGGCUGCAGAGAUUCGCGAUCCGAAGAAAGCAGCAAGGGUAUGGCUAGGAACCUUUGAAACUGCUGAAGCUGCAGCUAUUGCCUAUGAUGAAGCUGCACUCAGAUUCAAAGGAAGCAAAGCUAAGCUCAAUUUUCCUGAAAGAGUUCAAAGUUCAGCAGAAUUUGGAUAUAACCAACAAUUUCAUCACAUAGCUUCAAACACAAGUAACAUGCAACAAUCUAACCAACAAGUUCCUCUUCCACACUUUUCUCAAGAAACAUAUUCAAAUCCUUAUCAAUAUGCUGCACAAGCACAACUUCAGGCUAGUGGAAGUAGUAACUUCAAUCAGGAUAUGCUUGGUUUCUAUGGGAGAGAUAUGUUUGUUUCUAAUUCUCAGCCUUUAAUAUCAAAUUCAUCUUCGUCUUCAUCCUCGUCUUCUGGAUUAUCUCAGCAACAACAAGAGUUUUUGAGAUUGUCGAUGCAAUUCGGCGGUUCUUCUUCCUCUUCUUCCGCUUAUGAGCCUCCGAGGAAUUGGGGGGAUGGAACGGAUGGGAAUCAAUGAAUAGAAUAUAUUUUUAAGAUGCCACCCAAGGUUUCUUUGUUUUCAUUCUUGUUUAUCACAACAUUUCAUGAUUUUAUUGGACUUAGAUUCUCUACUACCAUUUUUACGUGGCGCAACCGGCUGUAUACCGUUAGAUUAAUAGAGAGAACGGUCUAAAACAAAUUGCACGGUAAAGGCGACAAUGGAGGAUCGAUUUUGUUUUUUUUUUUUAUAUCCCAAUUUUGUAUCUUAAUUAUUUAGUGUUUAUGUUUGAAUUUACUAUUUAUGUUGUUGAUGAAAUUUUGUCAAGAAUAUUGGUGUAUCUGUACUUUUUUUAAAAAAAGGGUACGAAAUUUGAA